CAGCAGAUGGGACGCGCUUCAUUUCUUUAAUUCUCCACUGAGCGCCGGUGUUACAAGAAGGGGGCCAGAGUGGAAAAUGGAUUUAAGUUCAGCCAAUUAAGAGUGCGGCGCAACGCCUUUGUGAGCAUUUUUAUUUUAUUUUUUCAUUUUUAUUCAUGUAGGGAGAGGGGAUGACUUAUUAAUGUGUUCAAUAACCCCCCCCCCCCUUUCCUUCAUCUUUCUGUGGAAACCAAACAACAAUCUAUCGAUUAAUCGGUGAUAAACUUGAUUGAACGCUCUUGGACUCGCGCGCAACACAGAGCGCUGUCCCUUUCAGCACCGACACCCCCAGCUCGACACCCCCCCUCCCAAAAGGAACGGAGCUGAGAGGGGGGGCUCGAGUCGAGGCGUGUGCGCGCGCGGAGCAGCAGACUUGGAAGGAGGGGGGAAAAGGGGGGGGCUUUAUGCGCAAAGUGCGUUGAGCUUAAAGAGGACUAUGGAUCAAAAUCAGGUGGGUUUCACUAACAUUAUUGAUCUGCGCGUGUAUGAUAAAUUCCUCUGCUCUGUCCCCCUCCCCUCCUCCCCSCUCCCUUCAUUCUUAGUCAUCAGCGCAGACAGCCUCCCUCUAUUGUCUCCUUAAACAAGCGCGGAGUUCAUAGUUGCGUUUUUUUCUUCUCCUUGCGCGUAAAAUCCUCCCUGCUGGUCACGACUGAGCACUUUUUUUUUUUUGUUAAAAUCUUCAGCUGAAGGAAUUGUCUUCUUAUUAUUUUAUUUUGCGAGGAGUGGAAAGAAAAUCACUCAGGAGGACUGGUAUUUCUUUUUCUUCUUCUUUUUUUUAUUUGAGGUGUGAAACUGCUGAGCUCCGCAAGGAAGUUGCCUGAGGCGGACAGGGAGCUGAAGAUGCUGGAGCUGCUUCUUUCUCCACACUGUGGGAGGAAUUUAAUUUCCUGAUUUCUGAUGUAUCUUUAAGUCCCUUCUCUAAUAACCUCUCCACAUUCCUCUGGUGAUGGGGUUUUGCCAGUCUGUGCACUAGUUGGUGGGCUCUUCAAAAGAUGUGACUUGUGGAUUACAGGCUGCACCUACCAACCCCAAAUCCUCACCGUAGCUGCUACAUCUCUUCUGUGGAUUAUGAUUUGCUCAUGGGGCUCGGCUAUCUUCGAAUUUGGGGUUCUUUACCCCAGCUUUACUGACCAUUAGGAAGGUCCAUAAACGUUUAAAGCAAGUAUCGUCCUCUAAGAGUCAAGUUUGAGUUCGUUUUUACAAACAUGGAGCCUCACCGGAGCCCAAGUUCCCAUUCUUCCCCGGUCCUAAUCCUGCUCUUAGCCCAAACCUGGUUCAUCCCUGCUGCCUCCCCGCAACGAGUCCCCACGGAUCCCCAGGCGGCCCCGGAGUACGCUCACUCCAUCCGGCUCGACGGCGACAUCAUCCUCGGCGGAUUAUUUCCCGUCCACUCGCGAGGCGACCGCGGCACGCCGUGUGGCGAGCUGAAGAAGGAGAAGGGCAUCCACCGCCUGGAGGCCAUGAUGUUCGCCAUCGACCUGAUCAACAAGGACCCCGAGCUGCUGCCCAACAUCACCCUGGGGGCCCGGAUCUUGGACACCUGCUCCAGGGACACGUACGCGCUGGAGCAGUCGCUGACGUUCGUGCAGGCCCUGAUCGAAAGGGACGGCUCYGACGUCCGCUGUGCCAACGGGGACCCUCCCAUCUUCACCAAGCCCGAUAAAAUCGUGGGCGUGAUCGGAGCCGCGUCGAGCUCCGUGUCCAUCAUGGUGGCCAACAUCCUGCGCCUCUUUAAGAUCCCCCAGAUCAGCUAUGCAUCUACAGCACCUGAGCUGAGUGACAACAGUCGCUACGACUUCUUCUCUCGCGUGGUGCCGCCGGACUCCUACCAGGCCCAGGCCAUGAUGGACAUAGUCACAGCGAUGGGAUGGAACUACGUGUCCACAUUGGCCUCAGAGGGAAACUAUGGCGAGAGCGGUGUGGAGGCCUUCAUCCAGAUUUCCAGAGAAACUGGUGGUGUGUGCAUUGCUCAGUCCCUAAAGAUCCCCAGGGAGCCCAGGCAGGGGGAGUUCGACAAGAUCAUCAGACGGCUGCUGGAGACCUCCAAUGCCAGGGCCAUCAUCAUGUUCGCCAACGAAGAUGACAUUCGACGUGUUCUUGACGCAGCUAAAAAAAACAACCAGACGGGCCAUUUCCUGUGGGUGGGAUCAGACAGCUGGGGCUCCAAGAUCUCGCCAGUGAUUGGCCAAGAGAGAGUGGCCGAGGGGGCCAUAACGAUUCUUCCCAAACGAGCUUCUGUGGACGCAUUUGACCGAUAUUUCCGUAGUCGCUCCCUGUCCAACAACAGGAGAAAUGUUUGGUUUGCUGAAUUCUGGGAGGAAAACUUCAACUGUAAGCUGGGGAUGCAUGGAAGACGACCUGGUAUUCUGAAAAAGUGCACAGGUUUAGAAAAAGUUGGUCGUGACUCCAGCUARGAACAGGAAGGGAAGGUUCAGUUUGUCAUGGAUGCCGUGUACGCGAUGGCGCACGCUCUGCACCGCAUGCACAGGGAGCUGUGCUACGGGUACCCAGGCCUCUGCCCUCGGAUGGCCAACAACAUCGAUGGCAAAGAGCUGCUUAGCCACAUCCGUGCUGUCAAAUUCAAUGGAAGUGCCAGUACACCCGUGAUGUUUAAUGAGAACGGAGAUGCUCCAGGCAGAUAUGACAUCUUCCAGUACCAGGUCACCAACAGAUCUACACCUGAGUACAAAGUCAUCGGCUCCUGGACCAACAAAUUACAUCUCAAAGUGGAGGCCAUGCGUUGGAGAACAGGUGACCCGUCCCUGCCAGCAUCUGUGUGCAGCAUGCCGUGCCGCACGGGCGAAAGGAAGAAAGUUGUGAAAGGUGUUCCAUGCUGCUGGCACUGUGAGCGCUGCGAGGGAUACCACUAUCAGGCUUCAGAGUUUACAUGUGAGCUGUGUCCUUAUGAGAUGCGACCCGAUGCCAACCGCACCGGCUGUGUUCCGAUUCCCAUCAUUAAGCUGGAGUGGCACUCCCCCUGGGCUGUCGUCCCCGUCUUUGUCUCCAUGCUGGGGAUCAUCGCCACCUCUUUCGUCAUCGUGACUUUUGUCCGGUACAACGACACGCCCAUCGUCCGAGCGUCUGGCAGGGAGAUGAGCUACGUGCUUUUGACGGGAAUCUUCCUGUGCUACGCCAUCACGUUCCUGAUGAUUGCAACGCCGGAUGUGGGCGUGUGCUCACUGAGGAGGAUUUUCUUAGGCUUGGGGAUGUGUUUCAGCUAUGCUGCYCUGCUCACGAAAACAAAUAGGAUACAUCGCAUCUUUGAGCAGGGCAAAAAGUCUGUAACAGCACCCAGGUUUAUCUCUCCAGCCUCCCAGCUCGUCAUCACUUUCUCCCUGAUCUCUGUUCAGCUGCUUGGCGUCUUCGUCUGGUUCACAGUGGACCCCCCACACACUGUAGUGGACUAUGGCGAGCAGCGGACCCAGGACCCCAAGGCAGCUCGAGGAGUCCUCAAGUGUGACAUCUCGGACCUGUCUCUCAUCUGCUCCCUGGGUUACUCCAUCUUGCUCAUGGUGACAUGCACGGUGUAUGCCAUCAAGACACGAGGUGUGCCUGAAACGUUCAACGAAGCCAAGCCCAUUGGAUUUACCAUGUACACCACCUGCAUCAUCUGGCUGGCAUUUAUCCCCAUCUUUUUUGGAACUUCGCAGUCUGCAGAAAGAAUGUAUAUCCAAACCACCACAUUGACAAUCUCUCUGAGUCUGUCGGCCUCUGUUUCUCUGGGAAUGCUCUACAUGCCUAAGGUGUACAUCAUUCUCUUCCACCCAGAGCAGAAUGUCCCCAAACGAAAACGCAGCUUCAAGGCAAUUGUGACAGCAGCCACCAUGUCAGGAAAGCUGACUCAGAAAGGAGACCGACCAAAUGGAGAAGUUAAGACUGAACUAUGUGAGAGCAUGGAGACCAACAGUGACUUCAUCAACUAAGACAACAUARGUCAGCUACAGUAAUCAUGCCAUCUGAAGGGACGACAGAGGACGGUGCCAUGGAGGCAAGGCCAAGUGAGAACAAGAAGUCAUUCACUGUUGAAGAACUCAUAAAUCGACAGAACGCCCAAUGGAAUCCAAGCAUGAGACAUUUUGUAUUGUUACCCAUCAAAUCACAGAGGUGGGACCACAUAAACAGCCAGUCAGUGUGCCUGCUUUGCUGCUACUCACAGCUCAUUGGUCCUGCCAUGAACUUAGCUGUUUAAAACAAAAGAAAAACAUGACAAUGAACAGAGAAACUCUUAAAAAAUUACUUGUGUAAACUAUAUAAAAAGGGCAAAGGUGGGGUUGGUAAAGAGAWUUUAUCAAAUUACAUUUAAAAAGAGAAAUCUAUGAGAAUCAAAUCUGUUUGUUGUUGUUCUCUACUUGUAAGUAUUUUUGUGGUCGUGAUGAUUUUUUCAUUCCUGUCUCACUGUUGUCUUAUGGAUCGCCCUUGCAUAAUGAGAUGAGUGUGUUUCCUCCUGCUGUCUUGGCGAACUGGGUUGUGAACCUGUAAAAUGCCAUGGUUGAAGCAUGCCAGUUUUUAUACAAAAAUGAGAUUUAUUUAUAAUAAAGGAAUGUUUUGCAAAUGGG